UUUUGCUGCAUUGUUUUUCUCCGUGCCAAAGUAAGGAGAGAGAGGGAAAGAGGGGGAGGUGAUGGUCGGUGAUUUCAUACUGCGUGUCGACUCGGUCGUCGGAUCGGCGGCGUGCGUGGAUUCUUCUCGCUGCGGCAAAGGAUCGCUGGCGUCGUACGGCGUUGCGUCAGCGCCGGGUUGCUCGGUCAGCGGGAUGACCAAUGGUGAUGGUAAGAAUUGUGGCGAAGUGGUCGAGUGCCGGAUUUGCCAAGAGGAAGGGGAUGAAUGCGACUUGGAAUCCCCUUGUGCUUGCACGGGAACCCUCAAGUUUGCCCAUAGAAAAUGUAUACAGAAAUGGUGCAAUAAGAAAGGGAAUAUCACUUGUGAAAUCUGCAACCAGGCUUUUGCUCCAGAUUAUGUUUCCCCCUCAAGUGAAAUUGGUCUCAAUAUAACGACAAUUGAUAUCAGGCAAAGUUGGAGUUCACAAUUUGACCUUCGAGAGUCACAUUUACUUGCCAUCUCGGCUGCAGAACAGGAAUUGCUAAAUGCAGAUUAUGAAGAUUAUGCUGCUGCUGGUUCCCGUGUGAUCGCUUUUUGUCAUACAGUUGCUCUAAUUUUGAUGUUGCUUCUCUUUAUCCGACAAGUUCUUAAUGCAAUGAAGGAAGCUGGAAUGAUGCAGGACAUAUCAUCAAUAUGUGAUGUAUCUCUCCAGAUUGCUGGCCUUCUCCUUCCAUGUUAUGUGAUAGCUCGUUCCUGCUACAUUCGGAGACGGCAGGUCUAAGGUUUUAUGAUAAAUGCCAGUUCUACGUCUCUCAUCUAUGAAUGGAGAGCUCCUGCUUUCCUAGUUGCCACGACACUUUUACGAAGGAACCGUCAUCGAAAUUGGAAGGGGUGUAUCUUCACACAAGUUCAGACCCCCAUUGACAAUACAUAAUUGAGAUGUUGCACUAUUGUGAACACAACUCAUUUCAUGAAAAACUAAAAUGGAUAUGUCGGUUUCUGAGAUCUUCUCAUGUGUUCAUCCAAUGGAGAAAUGGGCACGCUCAUAGAAAACAGUCUUGUGGCCAACCUUAUAUUGGUUUACUGCCUCAAGAUCACUAGGUUAGAUUAUUGAACUGCAAUAACUCUAGAGAAUAUGAAGCGAUACCCAUUAUUUAUGGCUCGUGAUAUUUUACUUUCGUUCGUUCUUCACCUUUGGACCAAUGAUUGUGUGCUAGGGUUAUAUGUCGCCUGCAUCAGACAGGUAAAGUUUUGAGUUAGUUUAGUGGUUCUGUUUAUGCUAUAAUCUGAACCAUUCUUGCGGAACAAUUUACCUCAAUUUCCAUGCACCAUGUAGUGAACUUGUGACUAGAACAACAUUAGGUCGGUCUAAUGGUUAGUACAUAAGAUAUUGUCAUCAUGAAGUCUGGGAUUUGAAUCUCGGCAAAGUUGAGGUAAAUACCUCUCUUAUGUGCUAGUCACUAUUCCAAAGGUUAGUAGCUGUCCGUGAUUUAUCUCCUCUGUAUUAGCCUGGAACGGAUUAGCCGAGACACUGGGGGUGAAUGUAUUCAUUUUUUACCACCAUAUGACUAGAACAACAACAAAAAAACACAAUAGCAGACUCAGAAACCACACCAUUGGGAACAACCAAGUUUCUACAUGCCCGUUUAGUCAGUUGCUACAAGGUUGGACAGCGCUAGGAUUGCUCCCUUCUGGUGGUGCACUACAAACAAAAAAAAAAAAAAUAGUUAUUUAGAUGAAUAUUUGCAACUAAAUUUUUUUGUCCUUAAUUUACAAGAAAUUUUGUAAUAAAAAUAUAAAUCAUCACAAAUUAGCAACCUAUUUUGUGAUAAAAAUAUUUUUAUCAUAAAUUAAUAACAAAAUAUAAUUCAUCAUAAAAGUCAUUGGAAAUUAGUGAUGAAUUUUAAUAUUUAUCGUAGAAUCUAUAACGAAUCCUAUAUUUGUCCAAAUUCUAUUUUCGCCAAAUUACCGAAGAGUGUAGAAAAGUUUUCGAAAUGCUUAACUUAUGUAUCCUAAUUUUAAAAAUUAUCAACUUACAUACUCAAUAUUCAUUUCCCUGUUUAGCUGAUUCACCAAAUCAAUUGCUAUACUAUAAUUUGGACAUAAUUUUUAUUUUUUAAAAAUGAUUAAAAAAACCUUUUAUGACGAAAAAAUUUAUUAUUUUCAAUGUAGUAUGUCAAAUUAAUAUUUGAGAAUAUGAAUAUAAUUAGGAGAACUAGAAGAACACAUAUGUUUUGGUUACAUGUCAUUUUAAGUACUCUAAGUCCAUCAAUCGAUUUCGAAAAAGAUCGAUUGAUAGAUCUAAAGUGUAAGAUAUGAUAAUUAAAUAAAACAAAGGUUAAUCAAUAAUUAUCCUAUAUAAUUUUUUAUUUUUUUAAAAAAAAUCUGAAUUUUAAAUGAGUCUUUUUAUAAUUUAUAGGUAAAGAGAUAAAAAGAAAAUUUUAUUUUAGCUACACUGAUUAAACGACCAAGACAUAAUUUUUAUUUUUUUAAAUGAUUAAAAAAGUCUUUUAUGAUGAAAAAAUUUAAAAUUCUCAAUGUAGUAUGUUAAAUUAAUAUUUGAGAACAUGAAUAUAAUUAGGAGAACUAGAAGAACACAUAUAAUUUGGUUACAUAUCAUUUUAAGUUCUCUAGGUCCGUUCAUCAAUCGAUUUCGAAAAAGAUCGAGAGAUCUAAAGUGUAACAUACGAUAAUUAAAUAAAAUAAAGAUUAAUCAAUAAUUUCCUAUAUGAUUUUUUAUUUUUUUUAAAAAAAUCUGAAUUUUAAAUGAGUCUAUUUAUAAUUUAUAGGUAAAGAGAUAAAAAGAAAAGUUUAUUUUAGCUACACUGAUUAAACGACCAAAUGUUUAAUUUCCAAUAAUUGAUUUUAUCUCCCAUGCACUAACCUCUCCCAUCGCCCCGAUCCAUCGCCGCCUUUCCUUUGCUCUAAAUCUGUUGUCAUCGCUCUUCUUCCUCCGAUCUCCGAUCCGGUUGUCUUCGUACCUUUCUCCUCCUUGGCCGUUGUGAACAUCAUCUCCUCCUGUCCUCUUCGACUAUCGGCCGCUGCGCAGAAGAUCUGUGAGGAGCACGCCGCCACCUCCUAGCCUGCCGCACACCGCCAUUUAAUUCAAGCAUUAAGCCUGCUCUGUCGAAGGAAGCAGACAUCAGUGAAGCAUAUAUUUCUGCUGAAAAUGGUGACUUUUGCUAAGCCUAAGAACGCUCUGAAACGUGCAGAAGAGUUGGUUAAUGUUGGACAAAAGCACGCUGCCCUGCAAGCCCUGCAUGAUCUAAUCACUUCAAAAGGUACAGAGCAUGGCAGAAGACUCUAGAGAAAUCAUGUUCAAAUAUGUAGAGCUCUGUGCGGACAUGAGGAAAGGUUCGAUUUACCAAGGAUGGCUUGAUCCAGUAUCGGAUCAUAUGCCAACAAGUAAAUGUAAGCUCUCUAGAGGAAGUGAUAAAACACUACUCCACGCAGCUUUCAACAGAGAUAGCUGAGAAGGCCAUAACUCAGGUGCAAGCUUUGGAAGAUGUGCUUGACAUGGAGGAUCUUGAGGCUGAUAAGAGACUGAGGAUUUAAUGCUAAGCUAUACUAGUGUGGAGAAGGGAAAGGGCAGAUCAGACAGGGAACUUGUUACUCCAUGGUCCAAAAUCUUGUGGGAGACCUACAAGACAGUGCUUAAGAUUCUGCAGAACAAUUUCAAAUUGGAAUUACUGUAUGCAGUUUCUAACUCAAGACAGACGCCCGAUUGGAGGACAUUCAGCACGAGAUAUAGAUAAAGACGGAUAUUUCUUUUUUACCUUUUAAUUCAUUGAGCACUAACUUAUUUCUUUGGUUAGUAGUUAUUUUUACCUUAACUCUAUUCACAUUUGCUUCAUAAGUUUGAUAUUUGUUUGCAUAUUCUUUGA